AUGUCAGGAUAUAUUCCUUUCGAUCCGGCUUAUCACAACGACAUACUCAGGUCAUUACAAAGCCCCUAUGGGAACACAGUCUCCCAAAGAUCCGCGCGAUCGUUAGUGAGCGUUCGACGUACAGGUUCUGAUCCUCAAAAUCCUGACCACGACCAUUGUUCUCCGCCACCGCCUUACUCGCGUCACGACACAGCUUCCACCACCAACGGUACAGCCUCCAUAAGCACAACCGCAGCAUCGACAAUACGAAGCUCGAGCCACGAUCCCAUUGUGGAACGCCUGAGACGCUUCCUGUCCUUCUGCAUAGCGGUCGACUACGAUGCACACCUCCUCACACCAGAUACCCUCGAUAAAGUCACCUGGUGCCAUUUCAUGAGCCUCUUCCUCAUGAGUCACGAACUCCUAAUCAGACGGUCGCGUCCCACGCAUUCGACGAAAGCCUCGCAGACCUGGCCGUCACAUUUGACGCAUGCCCAGCUCGAAAAGCAUAUCUUCCGACCCGCUAGAAAGCUGGGAGUACCGAAAGACACUGCCAUGGCGAUGCUGCGGAACUUUGCUCAGCAGUCGCACGUGGGCGGGUAUCGAUCGAAUCUGGAUGACUGGGCGAACAUGUGGGAUCUUGCCGGCUUGGAGAGUAAGCUGCGGAUAGAUCGCGAUUGGAUCUUCGACACAGUGCUGCCUCCCACCGACAACACAGCCCUCAGAACGGCUAUUGACAAGAAGUACCGACAAGUCGCCGCGAAGUGGUUCGUGAGUCUAUACCCAGCUCCAGCGAAGCCAACACGCAGGGGCAAGGACAAACUAGGUUGGGAAGGAUAUCGAGAUUGGGCACAGCAGUUUCCUCGGCACGCAGAAGACCCUCCUCCCGAUCACAGACUGCGGAUGAACACUUUAAGCCGCGUGGCCGCACGACGUAAUCUAUAUGUGCGUCUCCUCCAGCACCCAGGGAGGACCCUCUGCAACCUGGGCCCUUAG